AUGGCGAUCACACGAGUGUUGAACUUCCUCUUCACCGCGCUGGUUUUCGCAACAGUAACCUCUACAUUCGCCGUCACUCCCACUGAUGCCACGUCUGUUGCUGUCACGGCCGUGUAUGGCGACGGCGACGACAUGGUGAGAAGCAUCAUGAUUCAGCCGCGCACGGCCGUGCGAAGCCGCAUGCUGAGAGCCGGCGCGAAUGGAGACGCAGAAGCCACCGUGGCAGUGGCGGAAACUACAGCGAGCAGGAAGGUCAAUGAUGCGAGGAUUGCGCUUGAGACCACCACCCCCGCCGCCACCACCCCCGCCGUUCACAGCACCACUAGCAGCACCUCCAGCAGCAGCACUGCUGGCAGCAGCACAAGUGGAAAAUCCGAGCCGCCGCCGGUGAUCACCUCGGUGUUGAUGACUAAUCUGGCCCGGAUGAGCUUUCGCAGGCAGCGUUGCUUAAACGUUGACAUGUCAAGGCAGCGGUGGAGCCGCAACGCGUUGGUGUUUUGGAACGUGGAUUCGAGCAACGAAAACACGGGCGUCGGCAAGGCGAGAGGCGUCCAGUGUAAGGAGGUCCUGUUCUUCGACAAAAGCAACUGCAAGGGCGCGGCGCGCGAUACCAUUCCUAACCCGGCCAUGGCGCAGGCUGGUGUCGCGUUCCCAAGCACAAAGAUGACAAUAUCAAGUUGGGCUUCAGCAGCGUCUCUUCUCUGCAUUCCCUACGAGCAGCAAAAAGUGAACUCCAGUGAUCCUGCGUGUGCGGCAUUGGGUUGUGGGCCUGAUGGCACCUGUGUUGUGGAUCAGCAAUUCAAAGAUCUUUACUGCCAGUGGGCCUCACCCUGUGGCGCCUGCCCCUCUGGAGCCACCUGCAAAAUUCUGCCUGGGGAAGACGACGGGGCGGUGGAGGGGCCUUACUGCGCGUGCCCUAAAGGCUAUGGGAUCACCCCGACCAAGUGUGUUAAGGGCCGAGCUUCCACCGUUUCUUCAACCAGCAUCACAAUCAUCGCGAAUCGAACAGCCUCGGAUUUCAAUUCUCGACCCUAUACAUUCCGCGCCGGGAUAAAAAGCUGCAUUCGGUUCCCAGCUGCGCUGGUCGGGAAGUUCACGACAAUGUAUGGUGUCAACAACAUUGGCGAUGCUCCCAAGUGCACCAAUCUCAAACACUACCAAGCCGAUAACUGUGUCGGCGACAUUGUAAACGAGGAAUCCUUGAAGGCCACUCCGAAGCUGUUUGCUUCAUAUUCACU